GCGCGCGGUCGAGCGCAACGCAACGCAACUCCACCGUACCAACCGCGGCGCGGCCGAUCGAUCGACGCGAAUCCCGCAUGCGUAUACGUACUAUUCUACGUGAAGUAUAUGUGUAGCCGAUCGAGCCGUCUCCCACCGCGCGCUCCCUCCCUGCCCCCGCGACAGCGACGCCGAGCGAGCGAGAGCGCGCAGCUAGCCACAGCCUCCAGAGCUAUAGCUACAGCGCGAUCGAGAGAGAAGGGGGGAGACAGUGAGGCCGAGAGCGAGAGGGCCAGCCACGCACGCACGCACGCCACCGCGCUCCAUUGGCCACCCCCUCGCCAUCGCCACGAUUAAACUACUCUCUUGCUACUCCCCCUCCAUCCAUCCACACACUCCACCAUUUCCUCUUCUUCUUCCUCCAUAUCACACGGUUUUCGUCCAUCGAUCAUCAGAGCUCGAUCGGGCGCCAUGGAUGGGGAGGAGGACAGCGAGUGGAUGAUGAUGGACGUUGGAGGGAAGGGCGGGAAGGGCGGCGGCGGCGGCGGCGCGGCGGACAGGAAGAAGCGGUUCAGCGAGGAGCAGAUCAAGUCGCUGGAGUCCAUGUUCGCGACGCAGACCAAGCUGGAGCCGAGGCAGAAGCUGCAGCUCGCCAGGGAGCUCGGCCUGCAGCCUCGCCAGGUCGCCAUCUGGUUCCAGAACAAGCGCGCGCGGUGGAAGUCCAAGCAGCUCGAGCGCGAGUACUCCGCCCUCCGCGACGACUACGACGCCCUCCUCUGCAGCUACGAGUCCCUCAAGAAGGAGAAGCUCGCCCUCAUCAAGCAGCUGGAGAAGCUGGCGGAGAUGCUGCAGGAGCCACGGGGGAAGUACGGCGAUAAUGCCGGGGACGACGCGCGGUCGGGCGGCGUCGCCGGCAUGAAGAAGGAGGAGUUCGUCGGCGCGGGCGGCGCCGCCACGCUCUACUCGUCGGCCGAGGGUGGCGGGACGACGACGACGACGACGGCCAAGUUGAUGCCCCACUUCGGCAGCGACGACGUCGACGCGGGGCUCUUCCUCCGGCCGUCGUCGCAGCAUCAUCCGCCGCCGCCGCACGCCGGUGCCGGCUUCACGUCCUCCGAGCCGGCCGCCGACCACCAGUCCUUCAACUUCCACUCGAGCUGGCCGUCGUCCACGGAGCAGACCUGCAGCAGCACGCCAUGGUGGGAAUUCGAGAGCGAGUGAGCAUCCACACUGUUACUACUAGGCUACUCAUGGAUGAUCCAUCGAUCGCCACAGAUCAUGCAUGCCACGAUCAGAAUUUCAAUUCGCCGCGAGGACGGAUCAAACCUGUACUAGAUCGGAUCAGAGCAAACAUAGCAGAGAAGAUGAUCAAACCAACAGUGAUGUGUACAUAGCUUUCUGUAGAUCAAAACCCCAGGCAGUCUCCUCUCCAUCCAGCCAUCAGCAUGCGAAAAUUCUCUCUCUCUUUUUUUCCCCUCCAAGUCUUACUCGACUUCGAUGUUGUUAUCACAACACCACAUCAUGUAAUCCAGCAACACGCCGAGAUGAAAAAAAGGUUAAAAAGCUUAUAGAGUUCGUUCA